AUGGCUAACAACGAUCUACUGAAAUGGGUCACUAGCGAUGUGGAUUUCUACGAGCUGCUAGGAAUUUCGUUUGAGCAAUGCACAGAAUCCGAGUUGCGGCGCGCAUAUCGAAAGACCGCACUCAAAUACCAUCCCGAUAAAGUUGGCAAAGAUUUCGAUCCAGAAAAAUACGAGUUAUUCCAAGCAGCGAAUGAUGUUCUUGCCGAUGUAGAGCUGAAGGCGAAAUAUGACAGCCAUCGACAUGCCAAAAUACAACGACAGAGGGCGAAUGAGCUGUUCGAGGGAAAGAGGCGGACGAUGAAGGAAGAGCUGGAGGCCCGAGAACGAGGUGGCCUAUCUACGGCUGGUACCAAGAGACCUAGGGAAGACGAUGCGCAGAGCGAGAUGCAGCAGGAACUCAGACGGCUGGCCGAAGAAGGCAGAAAACGAAGGGCGGCGAGGGUGUCGAUGAUGUCCGAGAAUAUCAGAGUCGAUGUCGCUUCCUCUCCAGUGCCACCAACUUCGCAAAAAGAAAAGGCCCCAAAAGCAGAAGAGCAACCACAAGAAGAAGAGGAUGAAGUAGAGAGAUUGGAGCGCAUGAUACGAGAAGCAGAACAAGCCAAGGCCAAGCGGAAAGCAGAGAAGAAAGCUAGGAAAAGCAGUAUCUUCGUGCCUGCUGACUCGCCGUUUGUAGGCUCAGCGGCAAAAAAGGAACCAAAAUUGGCAGAUGAGGCUACAGCUACACCUAUCAAACGCCCCGAUAUAUUCAAAGGAUUGAAAGCUGACGAGAAAUCUUCAGCAUCUCCCAAGUUCUCCUUCUCACCUGGCACGCCUAAGAAUGACUUUGCAGCGACUAUGGUGAGGCUCAAAGCAGCGGAGAAGCAGAGAUUAGAAGAGGAGAUUCGCCAGAGCGAGGCCGAGACGGCGCAAUAA